AUGGAAUUAAAUUCAGAUAAUGUAAAAAUGCGAGAUGAUGAAAAUCAUACUCUCUAUUGUAUUCGACAUUAUCCAGAUGAUGAUACUGUUUCAAUCGGUAGUGAUACUUCAAUGUUAAUGUCAUUAUUUGAUCAUAAACAAAUAUCUACACAACAAUCUGAUCAUGAUUAUCCAUCGAAUUGGACUGUUGAUGAUGUUACAAAAUGGUUAAAUGAUAUGUCAUUAGAACAAUAUAGUGAUAAUUUUCGAAAAAAUGAUAUUGAUGGUUCUGUAUUAAUUGAUGAAACUGAUGGUGUUAAUGAUGACACUAUUAAACAAUUAAUUCCAUCAUUAGGUACACAAUUAAAAUUUAAAAAAGCAUUAAGAAUAUUACGAAGUCGUGCACAUACUCCACAUAGACCAGGUAGUGCACUUAAUGCAGCUAAACAAGAAUCUGAAGAACAUCGUAAACUUUUACAAACUAUUCAACAACAAGCAGAACAAAUUAGUUCACUUAUUUCAACCGUUAAUACUCAGGCUAAACAAAUAGAACAAUUCGUUGCAAAAUUAGCAGCAAUACCAAAACCACCACCACCUAUUGAUGCAUUUAGUAAAUCAUCUUCAAUUGUUCAAAAUCAAUUACUUGAUUUACCAUCAAAUACACCAAAAAUAGCUUUAGUAUCAUCUGAUAGUCCAGCAUCAGCUAUUCCAGCUAUUGAUUCUGUAGCACCAUCUUUAUUACCAUUACCUGCCAAUAGUCAUAUUUUAACAUCAACAACAACUUCAGUUCCAACUUCAGUUGAAGGUCCACAAGGAUCAAGUGGUGUUACAUUUCCAGCUGUUGUUCAUCCUAAUAUCGAUGGUAUUGCCAUAAAACCAGUUAUUGAUGAUAUAUAUAAUUUUCAAAAUUAUGGUAAAUAUGCGGUAACAAUAUUUGAUCAAAAUUCAGAAAAUGUUCUUGUACAAACAUUAGUUAAUGUUGUACCAGAAAAUGAAAUAUGUAUACCAAAAACAUUUAUUUUACGUGAUUCAAUUAAUAAUAUACUUGUUGGUGCUACUGUUAAAUUAAAAUUACAUGAUCAAGUUGUUUUUACUGGUAUUACAGAUUCUACUGGUACGGUUAAUUUGCCAACAACAUUACGAAAAAAUUGUUAUGAUGUUGAAAUUCAUGCAAGUGAUACUCAACAUAAACCAUCAAUAUUUCGUAUGAUUGUUUAUGAAAAUCGUGGUUCAGAUAUUAGUACACAAUUUAUUUGUCGACAAUUAGAUAGUGAUCAACUUGAAAUUGUUCUUAAAUGGGGUUUAACACCACGUGAUCUUGACUCACAUUUAUUUGUUUCUGAUGGACGACAUGUUUAUUAUGAAUCAAAAGUUGACGGAAAUGUUUCACUUGAUUGUGAUGUUACAAAUGGUAAUGGACCUGAAACAAUUAAAAUACGACUUGAAUCUGGUUUAAAAUAUCUUUAUGUCGUCCAUCGAUAUUCUCGUGAUGGACAACUAACAAAAUCAGGUGCAACAGUUACAUUUAAUAAUAGUGCUAUAACAAAUUCAGCAGCUCUAUACCAAAUUGUUCAAAUACCUGUUGUUAAUCAACCUAAUGCUAAUUUUUGGAUUGUUUGUGAAAUUGAUGGAACAACAAAAAAUAUUCGAAUGUUUGAAAAUGCAUUUGAAAUUCAUAAUAACUAUUCAUCGGAUGAAAUUGGAAAAAAAUAUUUGAAUAAAUAA